AUGGCGAUUUUAGGUUACAAAAUGUUCGGAUCGGAGCUGCAAUCUCAGAUCACGUUGAACCUUCCGAUGAAUAAAUUGAGCUCAAAAGUGGCUAUCUUCACCGCUCUGCUCAAUCCCAUUGCCAAAUACGCACUGAUGCUGAAGCACAUCGUUGAUGCAGUUGAGAGAGGCGGUGUCUGGCGGCGGUCGUUGGCACGAGUCGCGUUGAUCGGCGGCAGCGUGUUCGUGGCCCUAACGGUGCCGUUUUUCGGAUACCUAAUGUCGAUAGUGGGAGCGUUUUUGAGCGUCACUGCUUCGAUACUGCUCCCAUGUUUCCUCAUACUAGUUGCUGAUAACAUGAAUAAUUUGCUACCAAAUCUCCAAGUUUUGGUCCUAUGUUUUGUGAUAACUACAGCUGUUUGUGCAUCAAUAGCGAUUUUGGGAUACCUAAUGUUCGGUUCGGAGCUGCAAUCUCAGAUAACUCUGAACCUUCCUACGGAUAAGCUGGCCUCUAAAGUAGCUACAUAUACUAUUCUAGUGAAUCCUCUAGCUAAAUAUGCGCUGUUUCUGAAGCCUCUUAUUGAUGCAAUAGAGAUUCGUCUGCUAUCUAAGCACGGCAACAGAAUCUACAGUUUAUGCACAAGAAGUGUGCUGCUCUGCAGCACUGUCCUUGUAGCCAUAACAAUACCUCACUAUGACAUUUUCAUGUCGCUUAUUGGAGCUUUUACGACGGUGAUAGGGUUGAUAUUGUUGCCGUGCUUCUGCUACCUGAGGAUUUCUGGAGCUUAUCGGGAUCUGGGAUUUGAGUUGGUGAUCAUCAUAUCCACUUUGUUGAUGGGGAUUCUUAUCCUAGUUGUUGGUACUACAAAUACUCGAGAAUCUAUACAUGUAGAUAGUGAGCACAUAUCUUCGGAUUUAUUCGUCCAGAUGCAAUUGGGAUUAACAGCUAUAUAG